ACUGUCGUCUUCUCUGGCUGCUCAUCUGUUUAACAAAUCUUCAAUGUAACUGGCUGUCAUUUUAUGGAUUUCUCGUUAUUUUUUAAUGCAUCUUUUUAAUACUGCUAUAUAGUUUGCUAUGGAUCUACGUUUAUUAAGUGUGUUUUCUAUAAUAGUAUCAGGUACUCUGGGGAAUUUUUCUUAUUUUAGAGUGAAUUUAAGUGAUUCUAAAGAUAGUUACUUGAUACAAGUACACAGCUCUACACAAGGAUGUGGAGAGAAUGAGAAAGCAGGAAUGCUUACCGGGAACGUAUUUAUAUUUUUUUCGUCGCAAUGUUCUACUGUAAGUUCGCCUAUUAUGGCUAACUUGUCUAAUACAAAUGAAAGACAACGUGUGAUGUACAUCAGAAAUACAUGCAACGGUCUGAGAAGUUGUCAUCUGGUAAAAGAAAAUCUGCAGCUUGAAAAAAAAUGUGGCGACAAUUGUAUUUGCCCAGCGGUAUAUUAUGAUAUAUACUACUCGUGCCAUCCUGUUGUUCCAGAUGACAAAAUAAUUUUUGACAUGUCCAAGGACUUCAACACCACCUUUGACACACAUACGGCGGCCAAUAAUGUUUACCUGGUGCUCCAGAGACAGCAUCUUGUAUAUAAUCGAACAUGCUGUAUACAGGCGAAUAAAAUUGGUAUUAACAUUAGAUUCAUGAACACACCAUCCGCUUUAACAGUGCAGUAUAAUGGAGCUACCGAAAUCUUAGACGACAGACAGUAUAACCUUCCUAAGAGGUUUUAUGAUGUUGAUAAGCUGUGUUUUACACAGAACACUCUUUUGGAACCUAUUUGGUUUCAUCUUACAGAUGCGAGUGCAAACCAAGUCUUUACAAUCAGCUGCCGAGGAGAGAAAAGCAACAUCACAGCGACGGAUACAUCUCACCUUUCAGUCGAUACACCAGUGCUAGCUGUUGCUGUGGCUGCUGGCUGUCUAGCUAUAAUUGCUGCGGUUAUGUGUAUAGUAUUUCUUUGUCGCAGGCAAGUAGAAAAUAAUAAAAUAUUUAUUUGUAUCCAAACUUAG